ACGGAGCCGGACGGUUUUCCUCCGCGAGUGUCGUCGGCGCUCAGAGACGCAGAAAAAGUUUCUGAAAAAACCCAAGAUCUGCUCAAGAGAGAAGAGCAGGUGUCUGAAGAACUCAACCAGCACCUGGAGGAGGCUCGUCCGUGUAUGGAGAGUUUUGGACUCGCGUUUCAUCAGGUCGACGUCAUCGAGAGACACAUGAAAUAUCUACAGUGUCUCCAACAGAUCGAAGAACUCAGUUCUCUGGUGCAGCAGUGUCUCAUGACAAACUCAGUGUGGGACGCCGUCUCCGCCGUGGACAAAAUGUCCGCCCUGGUCGUGUCCCUGAAGGAGUCCAGAUGUUCCCACCUCCAGAACUUCCUCCAGCAGACGCUCCGAUUCUGGCACAAGAUCCUCAAAGACCGACUCACCAGUGAUUUUGAGGAGGUCCUGUCGUGUCUCCACUGGCCGAUCUUGUCUCCUCCGACUCAGGUCCUGUCGGUUCCUCAGAACGUUCCAGAUGUUUCGUCUCAGCUCGAGGCUCUGGUGUCUCAGCUCCUCGCUCUGCAGACCUCGGAUGACAUCAUUUCCCAGAGUUCCACGGGGCGUAAACAGGAAGUGUGCCUCCCGCUGCAGAUCAUGCUCCUGCCGCUCACCAAGAGAUUCAAGUUCCACUUUUACGGAAACAGACAAACCAACUGUCUGAGCAAGCCCGAGUGGUACCUGACCCAGGUCCUGGUCUGGAUCAAUUACAGCUCAGAGUUUCUGGAGGAGAAGAUCCAACCCAUCCUGGACCGAGCCGGAGCCGGGGUCAGCGCCAAGGUGGACUUUUGCCGCGGGCUCUUGUCUCUGGUCCAGCUGAAGGUUCAGAGCGACGCGUCCCGGCUGCUGUACGAGGACGCUCUCUUCUGCCACCUGGUGGAGGAGGUGCUGCACUUCGAGAAGGAGCUCCGUGGUCAGCUGCUGCUCCCUCCGUCUGUGCCCGGCCUGCUCCACCUGCUCCUCGAGGAGAACCUGCUCCAGAAGUGGCUCUCCAUGGAGAAGAAGAUGGCGUUGGAGAAGGUGGACUCCAUGUUGGCGUCUGAAGGAGCCUGGAGUUCUCAGUACAAGGACAUCAGCGACGUGGACGAACUCAAAGCUCCAGACUGUGCAGAGACCUUCAUGACCCUCCUGCAGGUCAUCACAGACCGUUACCGUGGGUUACCGUGCGCCUCGUCUCAGCUGAAGUUCCUGGAGCUGCAGAGGGAGCUGGUGGACGACUUCAGGAUCCGACUCACUCAGGUGAUGAAGGAGGAGUCUCGGGCGCCGCUGGGGGAACGAUACUGCGCCAUCCUCAACGCCGUCAACUACAUCUCCACCAUCCUGUCCGACUGGGAGGACAACGUGUUCUUCCUGCAGCUGCAGCAGGCGGCCGUGGCGUUGGGCGACGAGGGCAUCGUGGGCUCUCUGGGCGUCACGGAGCUCGGCCGCUUGGCGUCGCUGGAGUCGUCGCUGUUCCAGGGGCUUCUGGGACUUUUGGACCGACUCAGGGCGGAUAUGACCUCACGCCUCCUCGACACCAUCAUGAGAGAAGUGUCCGACAAGGCCCGACCGUACUGCCACGACCGGUGGUUGUCCCUGGCGUCUCCUCAGGACCAGACCGUCAUGUCCCUGUCCACCGCCGCGUGUCCCAUGAUGCUCUGCGUCAGGGACCGUCUGCUGCAGCUGCACACGGCGCUCAGUCUGCCCCUGUUCCAGAUCACCUGGCAGGGACUCGCCGAGAGACUGGACGCCUUCAUCUACCAGGAGGUGAUUCUGGCCAAUCACUUCUCUGAAGGGGGAGCUGCUCAGCUUCAGUUUGACAUGAGCAGAAACCUGUUCCCGCUGUUUGGACACUACUGCAAACGCCCCGAGAACUUCUUCAAACAUGUGAAGGAGGCGUGUAUCGUCCUCACUCUCAGUCUGGGCUCGGCUCUCCUGCUCCAGGACUUGCUCCAGGACUCGGACCUGAACCGGGAUCUGAACCAGGACCCUGGAGCCCGGGGCCCGGCGGGACUCGAACCGUCGCCUCAGGCGGCGCUGAACGAGCUCGGAGUUUUCUGUUUAUCUCCACAAGACGUGUCCAUCCUCCUGCACCUGCGAGCAGCACGGCCCUGAACGCACCUGUCACACACCUGUCACACACCUGUCACACACCCUGAACACACACACCUGUCACACCCUGAACACACACACCUGUCACACACACCUGUCACACACCCUGAACACACACACCUGUCACACACCUGUCACACACCCUGAACACACACA